UGUAGCUGAUUCUUAUUUAUUUCACUGGGGCAAUAAAAAAAGCGGAAGGAAAAUAAGAACUGGUUGUCAGAGUAUCGAAGAUAAAAUGCACGAUUUAUUGAUCAACGUUACAGAUGAGCAAAGGUUAUCGCAGGUCGCACACAGUCUUGUAGAUUUCUCCCUGGAAGCUCCGAAAACCAUUGCCACAAAAAAGAAACUCUCCAAACUUUUGAACAUUUCCGAAACCGGUGAUGAACUGGUCUUCGGGCUGAGAUCGACCGAGAUUCUAGUUCGUCAAUUUUGUCUGAACCAAAUUACCGAAAUAGAGUUCAAAUCACACUUCCCUAGCCUGAGCCAAUCGUUGCAAGCUGCCCUGGUGGAAGUUAUCACGCUACGAAAGCCAGAAGUUGCCCAACAUCUGAAAAACGAAAUAAACGCAAUUGAUAAUCUGCUGAUGGAAUCGUUCGACUGGGAUGUCAAGUGGAUCAUGGGAAACAGUAGUCUGGCUUCGAGGCAAGAGCAGAUCACAACGUUGGCGCUCAACUGCCGCGAUAAAGAUAUGAGGCUGAAAACGGUGCGCUGUGAAAUGGAUCGAGAGAAAUUGGGCGAACUCAUCAGAAUACUGGAGCAGUAUAGUAGUGGGGAAGGCGAUAAAUAAAAGAGGCGAUCAUUAGGAUGUCAUCCAUUAUUUUGGACCAUGCGGAAG